AUGUUGGACAGCCUCAACUCCAGCCUGCCCAGCCCCAGCCACUGGCUGCCGCUCCUGAGUGCACCGCGCCCCCCCACCCAGCUGCCUGAGCUGGACGCUUUUGGCCAGGCAUUGCAGUCUCCAGGUCUGACUGGAAUGCCUGACCGGGGCUUUGUUAGCUCUAGCAAUGGCAAGGCAAUAGUGAAGAAAGAGCCCCUCAAACGUGUUGUAGGGAACUGCAACUAUCGGGUCAACAACAAGUAUGAUGGGACCUGGCAGGUUUAUCCGGUGUCCGAAAUCAUAGUCCAGGCAAACAACAAGGUUGGGAAGACAUGGACAUAUCACGUCUUUGGUAAGAACUGUGAACACUUUGCUAAUGAGAUUCGCUACAACGAAGCAAGAAGUGACCAAGUCACGCUCCCCACUGCUUCUCUUGGCUUUUGA